GAUAACACUUCCGUUUUGAGUCUGGCAACUUAUUUUGCACCUUGACUAUGUGUUAGUCACAUCACCAAAGUAUUCAAAGCUUCUCGUCGGGUCAACAGCCUUCAAUUUUAAUACAAUCUGUUAUUGAAAUAACCCAGCUAACGUUAACAGUAGCGUUAGCAAAGCAGCUCCAGGUAUGGCGGAGGUUCCUGGGACAUCAAGCGAGACUAUAACAGAGACUGUUCAGACUAGCACACCGCCGCCGCCCCAACAGGAGGGACGAAGCCUGACAAUCAAGUUGAGGAAGAGGAAGACUGAGAAGAAGGUGGAGUGGUCCAGUGACACUGUGGACAAUGAACACCUGGGAAGAAGGUCUUCAAAAUGUUGCUGUAUUUAUGAGAAGCCCCGACAGUUUGGAGAGUCAUCAUCUGAAAGUGAGGGAGAUGAUGAUGAAGGCUGUGGCAGUGCUCACUGUAUUCUGGGCCACGGCAGGAGAGACCAUGGACAGAGGGGAGGUGGGGGUACCACAGUGCCCCCAAAUUCUGGAGGGUCACAUAGCCAUUAAUGAGCACUGCAGGCUGAUUGUGGGCUUCUCACCACCACAAAACUGCACUCUGUUUUCUUAGUUUAGUUCCAUCACUGAUGUAGACAGGCCUGAUGCUGAGUUCCAGCAGCUGGAGCUCAGUUGCAACCUCUCUCCACUGCUGCUCUGACAAAACUCAUAGCAACAUAGAUUACUGAAUCAACCUAACUGAAAAUUUUGUUCCUUUUCCAACAGCUAAAGCAGGUUUUCUAAUGUGCCAAGUAACAUGAUGAGCUUGGAAUGACAAGAACUGCACAUGUUUAAUCCUUCAACAUAUUUAAAGACAUGCAGUGCUGUUAACAGAAUUGGACAAUACAAGUGUUUUUUGCAUGUUUUAACCUGAUUUUAGCCAUUUUACUAUAAAUCACAUUCAUGUAAGUUACAUAACUUCAGACUAUUUUCAAGCUUGUGAUAGUGUUGAAAAACUUCAGAUGUUCAAAAAUUUUAGGUUCAUCCUAUAGUAAAAUGAGUGGAAGCAACAGUUGCUUGUUAAAAGCACUUUGGAAAAUGGUAAUUGGCAAUAAGGUUGAUGACCAGUGAUUUUCCAUGAAUUAGUUAAAUAAAUAAAGGCAUCGUAAUGAGAUCACUGCAGAGCUGAGAAACCAUUUGCCAGACUCCAUGCUUUUAAUUCCAACAGGAGAUGCAGUCAUGUUGCACUUUCCCCAGCAGCAUAUCAGACUUUGUAACUGUCCAGCUCCUCUGGAUCGCAGCAUUGCAGCACCAUGUCAGGUAUAUUUUGUUUGUUUGUGUAUUUAACUUUUGACAAAGUGGGCAAGUUAAUUGUAUAUAAUGGAGCUCACUGUUUAUUUGCUGCUCUCAAUUCUGCAUAUGCUGAUACUUGAUAUGCAGUUGAUUAAGUCUAUAGUGACAUUGUAAUUACAAACUGAUAUGUAAGAAAUGGAAUUAGGAAAAGACUGAAAACUUACAUUGUCAAGUAUUUGCUGUUUCUGAGACCAUUUUUAGAUACUGCCGACAAUACUGAGACACAUGCUGUCAGAAUAUAUCCUAUUUGCACCAUCAGUACAUUGCAUUAAAUCUAAGGAACCGGUACUAUAUAACCCAGCCCUGGCAUUUAUUGUUCAUUUGUGAAUAACUUCAUUAAUUUGAUUUAACCCAAUUGCCUGGAAUUUUCAGUUUUUCAUAUGUGUUUUAAAGCUAUCUAAAACUGUUGUCAAGACCUAAAACCCAUUCUACAACUUUACCAGUCUUCUGUUGCCCCUGUCCCAACUUGUUUGAAAUGUACUUCUGGCAAAUUUACUAAAAUUUAAGAUGAAGAGGUGAAACAAUAAAUAUAUUGUCUUUGGACUGUUUUCAGUUAAGUAUAUGUCAAAAAGGAAUUUCAAAUAAUCACCUAACAUGACGUAUGAUUUUCAGUUCUUCCAAGCUAACCUAAAUUUUAUGUGGGGCUGAUGAGAUGAUGAUCAAUAAAUCCUUUAAUUCAAACUUGGAAAAUUUUAAACACAUUCACUGUUAAAUGAACUAUUAAAGUGGACCUCAUACAUAAUCUCACAUUUCCUGGAAAAAACUGACUAAAGGCAAAGAGUGACUGUUCAGUUGUUACACCUCCAAUGUAUCUAUAGAAAAUUUUGCAGUUUAAAUAGAAUUUUUCUUUAAAGGUCAACCCAGUUUUCCCCAUAAUCAGUACCACAUUACAACAUCUGACUAGAAAACCUCUUUGAAAUCUUUUGAAAUCUUUUGGUGGCAUAACCAUAGUUUAAUUCACAAUAAUUCAAUACAAAAAGUACAGGUAUGUAUGCAUGCAAAAAAUACAAUAGAACUGAAUCAUUACAUUAAAAAAUAAAUAACUGCUAAAGAUUUGGUUUUAAUGACUAUGAGCAAAAAAGACAAAGUUAACUUCUUGUAUUAAAACAAUGAAAUCACAAAAUAUGGCACUGAAAUGUAUAAAGAUAUGUAUAAAUUGUAACACUUGGUUUUAAGCAGUUCAUAUUUUACAAAUGUCAGUCAGGUGACUGAACAGAGUUGACAAAUGAGUGCCUUUGGCUAUCUGGUUUAAUUGUACAUACAGACUGAUUAAUCAGCCAGGCCAAGAUUAGUGGAUAUAUUCUCAUACAUAUUGGAUAACAUGUUCAGCUGAUAAAAUACUGGUAUCAGUAUUGGACUCAAAAAAGUCUAGUAUAAUUUUGACUGUAGUGAAACCAUGUUUGAAGGUGAGGAACAUUACCAUUCUAUAGCCAUAACACCAUGCCAGCCAUUAAUAGUUGUAGUGAUUCUACUCUUGGACUAGUACUAGUAAUAGUUUGCUGUGAUGAGAUAACCUCAUUUAAGAUUGAAAGUUCUGUUCCCUGUCUAUAUUGGAAGAACUGAAUUAGCUGGGUGAGAAUACCUGGAUUAUUUAAUCUGGUCUAUUUCUGUGUCUGGAAACAAAACUCUAGACAACAUAGACUUGUAGUUUAGUCAGUAAUUUGAGUCCAAAGGCUGUCAUUAAAGUUGUCACCUCAUCAGCCAGAUACUUUUUUUGACAGAGUUGUAAUUGCCAGUUUUGAGCUAAUGACUGAUGAAAGAUUUAUGUCAUGUAAUUUUCUGACACAGUUUGAUUUGAUGAAACCUCAUCAACAGGAGGGUGUUGAUAUUUUCAACCUUUAAAUCCUCAGCUGGUUUUCAUUGGCUUGAUUGAUUUUUAGAUGAAUCCAGUAUAUCCACUGGACAAUCAUAAAAUUAUUACCUUUUUGCAGCACUCAUUUAACUCUUUGGAUAAAGAACUGUAGGUUUCCUUUAAAAAUUUGCAUGCAUGUCAGCUAUGAAAAAAUAAUUUCACUCUAUUUAAAGACAGUAGGUUUUUGUGCUUUUGCUGCUAUGCUAUGCAGUGACAAACACGUUUGUUGAUCAGGUAAAACCAAUAGAACUACAGUGUUCUAUGGUUGAAGGUCAUGACCAUGUUGUUCAUAUGUAGCUAGAUCACAGCUAAUGUGGCGUACAGGAAAGGAGAGGGGAAGGUGCUUAACUGCUGGCCCAAGGUUUGCAUUCAUGUCUUCGGUAUGACCAAACGUCACCAGAUGCAGGCUUCAUCACCCUCAUCCAGUUGCAGACUAUGUUUGGUAUGUGACAGUGGUGAUGUAUGCUCAGUUUUUUUAUGUCACCAAUUUAUGUACUGUCUAUACACAUUGACAUUGUUACAUAGUACAUUGUUCUUGUACUGUAGUGCACCCUUCUGUAUAUAGUACAGAAAUAUACUAUAGCAUAAUGAGAGCAGAUUUAAUGUGAAAUAAAGUUUUGAACGGUGAUUAAACUUA